CGCGCCCGGCACUUAGGAGGUGGGAGCAAUAUUGGCUUCCGAGUCGUCUCUACAGUAUAGAGUUGGGUGUCGCUGACGCAAAUGAGCGGGGGCCACGAGGACAAUGGCGUAUGGGAAGUUGAGAGAAGAAUGGUGUGUGUCUGUGUGUGGGCAGAGCGACGAAUGCUAACAGUGCGGUUUUUGCAGGCCGACAAGUUUCAUUUCUUCAGAUUCAUGCGCAUCCAUCUGUCUGCUCUGUGGAAGGCCGAUAAAUUUCAACAUUUCUUUGGCGCCAGCAGCCCAAGGUUUGCCUGUGGCUAUCGCCAGUCGAGGGGCCCAGAAAGCAGCGCUCUCCAUGUCAUACAUCACCAACCUGCCAGACCUUUCUUGUUCGGGUCUAGUCCCGUGGCCGCUUUUGCACCGGCAGUCUUUGUGGUGUCAUUGGUCAUGUGAGCCUGCAGCGUGCAGAUAUUCCUCUUUAACCCGCAUGAGAGAGCCCUGUUUUGCCCGCUUCGCCCAGCCCCCCCUUACCUGCUGCAGAUAAGGGUGACAACGUUUCCAGAUAUCGCUUGUCCUGCAAGUCACCGUGCGGGUCUCGACGGAACAGAGCUCCCCUUGUGCUUCCGGCUUCUCGCAACCCAUCUAAAGCGCAAGUGGUUGCAACUGGAGGCGCUCUGAACCUUCACGUGGCUUGCCCGAUAUCUGGAUGGCUUGAGAUGAAUGUCGUACCACUAUUUUCAACUUGCGGUGAAAGAUUCUUACCUACUCUCAGGACAUUUCAACGUGGGCUCGACAUUUGCAUCUCGUCUGUUGGGUAAUGACUAUUGGUCAAAAAUGGGGCCAAACUCUCUACUCUUAAUUCUCUGCUCUGAGGAGUUCUUGCAGGAAAAGAAGAGAUGGAGUGGAGUAACUUAAACAUUGGUGACCAAAUCGCUGAUGCUCUAAGUGUAUGUAUCACAGGGAUGCGAGAUCGGUGUCGAGGCCUACCAUGGAUUUACAUCACCGCUACCUUAAGGGUAUGGGCCGAAUCGCACUUGAGUUGAUCUUGUACUUUCCAUGCUGGGUUUGUCUCAAAUAUUGCUGGGCCACCGCCGAUUCCCUGUGCCUCUAUUACGAUACGAUACAGUGCGGUGAGCGGGUCCGAGAUCCGUCCCCGCACGUUAGGAUGGCUGGCAGACCGCAUCCCACGUAGCAUCGCAGCAACAGAGAAGCAAACUAGUUCAGAAACGAUCGUCAUGUAGCUAUUCUUCUUGGCAAUAGCGCGGCGCUUUUACCAAAAGCUUUCUGCCAACGAGUCACACUAAAGUCUAGUUUACAAGCGGCUCGGCCAACAAACCUCCGAGGCGGGGUAAUUUGUGACAGCCCGUCAUAUAUAUCAGAGACAAUGGACUUCAUUCUAAGGGUUUUUAGUCUGGCGGAUUGGAUUGUAUCUGAUUUUAGUAUUAUGAAAUCCUCCUACUUCACAAUUGCUACGCAGUCGACGUUGGCGGCCGUAUCCAGCGCCAAUACGUUGAAGCCAUGGAAAUAUGAACCUCUACCGUUAGGUUCCGUCAAGCCUAUGGGAUGGCUGCAUGGUGAAAUAGAUGCAAUGGCCAAUGGUCUUGCAGGCCAUGAGUACGAUUUCUAUAUCUUCGUCAACGAAUCAUCAUGGCUGAAUAGGCCAGGCACUGGUGGUGUUGAAUACAGUGGGCUUAACGAGGCAUUACCAUACUGGUUUAAUGGCCUUGUUCCUAUGGCGUAUAUUUUGGACAACGACAGACUCAAAGGCCAGGUGCACAGAGUUACAGAAACGGUUCUGAGCUGGCAAGCAGAGGAUGGCUGGAUUGGCCCCGAAGUUGGCGAUGAUCGGAAUUUUUGGGCGCGUGCACCGCUGUUUCUCGGACUGACACAGCUAGCUGAAGCAAAUACAUCUUGGGAAACCAGGAUUGUGAACGCACUACAGAAAUUCAUGGUCCUUGCAAACAAGAUGCUCAAGAACAACAGCCAAGGCUUCACCAACUGCCUACACACCGAUUGUAACUGGGGGCAAGCUCGCAUCCAUGAUCUCAUCAUCACAAUCCAAUGGCUCCUUGAGAAACAUCCAUCAUCACAAGACUCUCUAUUAUGGGACAACAUGGACAUGUUUUACUCUCAGCUACAGUUUAAGUGGGAUCAAUGGUAUACUGAGGGCAAGUAUCCCCAGAUCGUUGAUCCACACGAUGGCUCCAUCUUCCCAUAUAUUCAUGGAGUAAAUGUUGGCCAAGGUCUCAAGGCGUCGACUGUCAUGUAUCGCUUCAAAGGCACCGACUACUUUGUCGAGAAGAGCCACAUUGCCGUGGACUGGACCUUCAAAUACCAUGGUAGCGCCUCUGGAACGAUUCUAGCCGAUGAGGAGCAGCGAGAUCUGGCGCACUACAUGGGCAGCGAACUCUGCACGGCCGUAGAGACAGGCUACUCGCUGGCCUAUAUGUAUCAGGUCCUCGGCAACAACGCUUACGCAGACCGAACUGAGCGCACCAUGUUCAAUGCGCUACCAGUUAUGAUGACUGGCGAUAAAUGGGCGCAUCAAUACAUGGCACAGCCAAAUCAGCCGUUUGCAGUCAGCACCAUUCAAAAAGAUGGAAGCGUACCCCAGCUAUUUACAACAGCAAACAGCGGCGUAGCCACAACAUUCGGAAUGGAGCCACAAUAUCCCUGCUGCACCGUCAACCAUCCCCAGGGCUACUCCAAGUUUGUGAGCAAUAGUUGGGUACGUGUCGGAAACAGUGGUCUAGGGCAUGCUUUACUAUCUCCUUCCACUGUCAGUACUACUGUCAAUGGCGCCAAGGUGAACAUCCAAUGUGAUACUCAAUAUCCAUUCGCCAUGUCCUUCAAGUACACCAUUGAAACUGACAAGGACUUUGACUUCUAUUUCCGAGUCCCAGAAUGGUCCAAAAUCUCCACCGUCGCGUUUGUCAACGCUGGCAGUGCGACAGCUGAGGCAUCCCCGGACAAAACCACAGGCAUGCAUAAAUUUGCGAUCAAGGCAGGGCGAGCAACUCUCGAGAUUGGUCUUGGGACAAAUCUUCGCUUGGAGGACAGACCACGGAAGACCACUGCGGUAUUUUACGGUAACCUCUUAUACGCCCUCGAUGUUGGGUACGAAGUCACCUCGACUCUCCCACAUGCCUAUGGUGACCCCAAGAGUAAUGGCAUCAGUAGUCUCCCGUUUCAACAGCUCCGUGAUGACUACGUCAACAGCACAAAGGAAUGGAACGUGGCUAUCGACCCGUCGACCAUUGAGUACCACCGCCUGACUGGCGACGAUACUGCGCGUAUGCCCAACCCCGUGUUUGCAGACCAUGCCGCUCCCACUUACAUGACUGUGCAAGGCUGCACCAUCCACUGGGACCUGCAUUUGGGUAUCACACCAGAUUGGGCACCAGAUGACCGAACGUGUAUCGGGCCAAAGAAGACAUACCGCCUGAUUCCGUAUGGCUCAGCAAAGGUGCAUAUGACCGACCUGCCAGUGAAGCAGUUUUGAGUAGAAAGCACCCUUGAUAAUUACAGAAUAUGGACUGCUUCUCCAAACCGUACCAUAGUUUUUAGUGUUUGAUGUUGUAUCAUGUAAUCAAUGCAUCGUUAAAGUUCAGU